CUGGUGUAUACUCUCUAUAUAAAGCUAUGUGGUUUUGAGUUUCACCCACAAAUGCUUUGUCCUUGUGAGAUUCUAAAGCAGGGCAAUCCAUGAAGGCAACACUACGUUACUUAGCAGGCCUUGCUGGCCCUAGUGGUUUCGGCUCAAAUUCAACAGCUGAACAAGUCACUCAAGAUUUCUCUUCCUUCCUUCCUUCAAAUCUAACCGCUCUCAUCACUGGUGCGACUUCUGGUAUUGGAGCUGAAACAGCUAGAGUGCUAGCAAAGAGAGGAGUGAGGGUUGUGAUUGGAGCCAGGGACUUGAGAAAGGCCAAGGAAGUGAGAGAGAAGAUCCAAAAGGAGAGUCCUCAUGCUGAGGUUAUUCUGUUGGAGAUUGAUCUUAGCUCUUUUGCUUCUGUACAGAGAUUUUGUUCAGAAUUUUUAGCUUUGGAACUUCCCCUUAAUAUUCUCAUAAACAAUGCAGGAAUGUACUCUCAAAACUUGGAGUUCUCCGAAGAGAAAAUUGAAAUGACAUUUGCUACAAAUUACUUAGGACAUUUUUUGUUAACAAAAAUGCUACUAGAGAAAAUGAUUGAUACAGCAAAGAGGACAGGCAUUCAAGGAAGAAUAAUAAACAUUUCUUCUGUGAUUCAUAGCUGGGUGAAAAGAUCUUGUUUUUGUUUCAACGACAUGCUCUGCGGAAAAAACUAUAAUGGCACACGCGCAUAUGCUCAAUCAAAAUUGGCCACAAUUCUGCAUGUGAAGGAAGUUGCCAGACAGCUCAAGGAAAGGAAUGCAAAUGUAACUAUUAACGCAGUGCAUCCAGGCAUUGUGAAGACAGGAAUUAUUAGAGCACAUAAGGGAUUAAUAACGGAUUCCUUGUUUUUCAUUGCAUCCAAGUUGCUGAAAUCGAUAUCACAGGGUGCAUCAACGACGUGUUAUGUUGCUCUAAGCAGGCAAACAGAGGGGGUGAGUGGAAAAUAUUUUACGGAUUGUAAUGAGAGUAACUGCUCAAGUCUAGCAAACGACGAAUCAGAAGCUAGAAAGCUAUGGAACGACACCCAUGCAUUGCUUCACAAACGGCUACGUCAAGCAACAAAUUGAAACCCUCUACUAGUCUUCUACACCAUGUAUAUAUGUAAUUAUCUAUUUACGUUACGUAGAAGCCGUUAGAAAAUUCUAAAAGGUAACCCAAAACCACAUCAUCAUCAAGGGGUUUUAUAGAGGAAUACCCUUCACCAUAUGACUUUACCAUGAUUUAUUGUACAAACUACUACAUAGAGGACAACCCGUGAUGGAAAAGACAACUGUCCAAAUAAAAUGCCACAAUUUUUCA